UUUGCGUGUCUGACUUUUUCUUCUUUUUCCUCACAAGAUCCAGAGCCAUGAAGGUCCUCGUUGUGCUCGUCCUUGCUGUUUUCAGCGGCUGUCAGGCCAACCUCUUCCUCGCUGAUGCACCCAAGCCAGUGAUGGACACGAUGGUUGACACUUUCUGGGACUAUGUUGCCAAAUCCACAAAGACAGCUGAUGACACCCUGGCAAUGAUCAGGAAAUCAGACUUUGGACAGGAACUCAGUGCCCGUUUGAUGGAAAGUGCCAGCAUGGCCACCACAUACGCAACCAACGCCAAGGAGCAGCUUCCCCCUGCAGCCAAGGACCUGAUCAUCCAAGUCACUGCUGAGGCCGACGUGCUGAGAGAGCGCAUGGCCCAGGAGCUGAGCACUGUCAGGGGAAAGCUGGAGCCCUUCACUGAGGACCUGAAGGCCAAGAUCCAGCAGAAAGUGGAGGAGUUCAAGCACGAGCUGGCCCCAUACGCAGACUCCCUGGACUCUGAAGGCCUGAGGACCACACUGAUGCAGAAGACUGAGGAGCUGAAGGCCAGUCUGGAGCAGAGUGUGAGUGACAUGCAGGAUCAGCUGGGUCCCUACACCGAGGACCUCAGGCAGAAGGUGGACCAACACCUGCAGGACUUCAAGCAGCACGUGGCCCCCAUGAGCGAGAGAGUCCAGAGUGAGCUGACCCAGAGAGUCCAGCAGGUGAAAGAAAUGGCCACCCCUCAUGUUGAUGACCUGAGGGAAAAGCUUUCCCCAUACAUCGAGGAGGUGCAGGCACACCUCAGCAGCCUCUACGAAAGCAUUGUCAACGGCAACUAAGUCCAUCUCCACGCCACGUUUCACCAGAAGGAACUGCAUUGAAAAAACAAGCUCACUUAUUUAGAGUCCACAGAUAUUUUCACCGUAUUAAAAACACAUAAAUUAUAAAUAUUAAGUGUUGGUCUAUGACCACACAGUGUUCUCUCCCCAUAAUAUGGAAAUAAAGUGAAAGCCAAACUUAA